AUCGAUUUGAAAGUGUUUUUCCAAUUAGUUUAUAUUGCUUGUUCAUAUGAAAUGCAGAAGUCACUAUCCGUCAACCAUCAUUGCACAUAAGAAAGUAGAUUCAAGGUGUUGCAAUUGCACCUGUAUUGACAUCGUUAGAACAAUAGUACACUACGAAGAGAUACUGCAUUGUGACGAUCAUUAGCCGUGUUUAACCCUGUCAUGGAACGUCGAGAACACCCCACUCCAUUGCCACCAGGCGAGAUCAAAUGUCCAGCAUGUGGAGUCGUUCCAAAGGCUUGCCAUUUUCCCCCAGUACAAGUUUCAGUGGACAUGAAGAUAAAAUCUCCACUGACCAACGAAAUGAUGUCAUUAGAUGACGCAAUUAUCGAAUACAUCAAUCACUACUUUCCAUCUUUGCAGCAUUUAACUUACAGGGUCCCAGCUGCGUUGUUUUAUGAAGCAAGAGGAGAUUUAGAUUUAUGGACAAACUCAGAUUUAGUUUCAAACACGGAACUUUCGUCUUCUUCGAAAGGAGCCAUCAAAAUAUCACCUCUUAAAGUCGUUGACAGCCGAUUUCAGAAAGACGCCGUGGAAGCAAUCGUUUCCAUUCUAUAUUCAUGGGGAAUUCAAAAUAAACAAGUUAUGUUUAUCUUAAGCGAAUAUAAGUUUUCAGAUUACUGUAAAUUAACAAAGGCUGUAAAACCGACAAAACUUACCGGAGAACAUGAUAUAGUUAUUUUUCAUCGAAGGCUUGGUAUACUUUUAAUUGAAGUUAAAAGUGUCUCUAGUGACAAAGCUUUCAAAACAAAACGAAGUAAAAUAAAAGGUGCAUGGGAACAGGUACUGCGCAAUGAGAUUGCAUUUCGUGACAUGAAUAGUGGUCUUGGUUUUGUUAGAGAUAUUCCUUUCUAUUAUUUUAUUGCAUUUCCAAACCUCACAUCGAGAGAUUUGCAAGCGGUGAAAGUUUGUGAUGACCAUAAGAAACAUAUACUGUAUAAGGACAAUAUUGUUUCUGUCGAAAAUGUUAAUGCAGUGCUAGGUAGUUAUUUUGGAGAUUCUUUAUUACAAAAUGACUCGAACGAUGCAAUGACGUCAAUGCAAUAUGAACAGUUAUGUGCGAGAUAUGCUGGUUUUGCCUCGGUCGUGCAUGUCCGAACUAUUGUAGACGCGGUCAGUAAAAUAAAUUCAAAAAUGAAUAUUGCAAAUAUGAGUAAUGAAAAAAUGGAAAAGAUAUUUCUAAAUCCAGAGCAGCUUGCUUUGAUAAAGAUGCAACAUUUACGCAAAAUAAUUUUGACUGGAGAGUAUGGAACGGGUAAGUCAAUUGUUUUGAAAAUGUUAGCAGACAAACUUUGUGAAAACAACUCAAACUAUCUUAUAUUUAUUGUUUCUUGUACAAACGUAUCACACACUCGAACAAUGGGCCGUUUGCGGAAAUCAAAGAACCAUUUAGUAGAGCACAUUCGACAUCUGACAAAGAAUGCCGACACAGAGAAUAUUCUUAUUUGGAGUAUUUCUGAUCUUGUUGGACACUGCUUUCCGACAAAGGAUGUAUUCAGUCAACGACUUUCGCCAAGGCUAAUUUGUGAUAUAGCAAAUUAUCUUAUUGAUAAGUACCCAGAUAGACAAGUCGCUCUUCUAUUAGACGAAGUGCCUUUCGUACCAAGUUGGAACUGGAGCAUAUUAGAGACUUUCUGUCUUAGGAAUGCUGAACUCUAUUUAUGGAUGACCAUCGCCACCGGAACCUACGCAAUCAGGGACGAUACCGACCCGUUGAGUGUCGUGAAGUCAAAUUCACCCCGUGGUUUUCCCGUGUUACAUCUCAAGCGAUGUAUGCGUAUGACACGUAAUAGUCUUCGCUUCUAUAAAGCGUUACAGGAACAUCUGGGUGAUAAGGCCCAUCUCUUUAUGGAGUAUGGUAAUGCAAUAGAAGGGCCAAUACCUUUAUGGUAUGAACUACCCUAUUGCAAGUGUAAGAGCAGUAACCCUUUUGCUUGCACGUGCAUUGACUCGCGGAUGGAUCAAACCAUCCACGCUGUAUUUAAUCAACUUGUCGAUGUAAAGCCAAAUCACGUAACCUUCGUGAUACGAGAUUCAGUACAAGAUACUGAUCAAUUCUUGUCUUCGUUACUAGUAAGAUCGUGCAAACGAAUAAACAUUCCUCUGCGAUCAUUUCUGCAAACAUCGGUAGCGAAUCAGUCUUCUGCAAAUGCAGAUGAUCUACUUUCGUACGAACACGAUUGUCCAAAACUUGUUGAUAUAUUUAGUUUUAAAGGUUGUGAGAGUCCAGUUGUCAUUUUCAUCACGCCCUUUGGAUGGCCGUUAGUUUGGGAACACAAUCAAGACCGACACGGAUGGGAUGACAUAUCACAACAGAUCUCUCGUGCUUUGGGACAGAUUAUUUUAAUCACAUGGCCAAAGAAUGAAAUGGAUUAUUUUAGUUUGCAAGCAAUAAAAGUUACAAUGGAGUCGUACUCACAAAAAAGGUAUGACGAAAGCGAUACGCACGAAAAAGAGAUCGAAAAAGCUAUGGAGUCUAAUUUUCAAAAAGUUAUUGAAACAUAUGAGCAAAAAGAUAGAGAAGUGUAUCUUAACAGUCUGGUCGAAAGAGGGGUGUUGGUGAAAUUUCCCAUUGUGGCUUCAAGUGAUUCAGACAGUAAUGUCACCAAGUUUUAGCCAACCUAGGCAAAAUAUGCAUUGCUGCAUUUGCUGGGAAUAUGAAGCAAAAUUGUUGCAGUUACAGUAGAUUAUGCCAGAUAACAUUGACACAACGUGGUAUAAACGUUUUCAACGUUAUCAGUCAAUAGAGACGUUCUGAAUAUGCCCACGUAUUUAUGAAGGCCUAAUAGUAUAAUGGUUCCAAUAUAUAAGUUCUAUAGCGAAAUUCCUUAAAGUAAACCAAUUUUUAUUAUGUGGUUGACAUUCACACAACUUUCAGUUUUGUCAGAUAGACAUGGUCUGUUUGUUGUUACUUGGGUCGUUGCUGGGUGUUACGUAACGAUACAAGGUUUGACGUAUAUUUAGUGUGAGCCUCCCUAUGAGUUUGUUUUCCUUCUCUGGUUUUUCUUUUAUAUUUUAUUUUCGGAUAGCCAUAUUAUUAAUAUUUCCCAGUCUGGUAUGUGCUUUUCUUUCAACAUGUGAUCCGUUAUGCGGGAUGUAUUUAUUCUAUUUGAUUUAAAUUUAUUUAAAUUCAGCUUACGACAUAAAAUAUUCAAUAUUAAGCAAAGUUGAGAGAACCAUAUGAAAGUACACCUAUACUAGUUCAUCAACUUGAACAUAAAAACUCAAUAAUAUAACAUGACAAUGCAAUUAAAUAAAAAAAAAAUAUAUAAAUUAUA